GAGAAAAUGGAAUAAGCGGUAAAUGUAAUGGUGUUGGAGUUGUGUUUUUUAAUGUAGGAGCAAAAUCAGAAAUGGAAGAAGGUUGUGGAGAAGGGAGGUUGCCUACUGUAACUUUAUUUUGA